CGCCUUCCGUCGUGUCAUUUUAUCAACAGCGCACAUUGAGCGAAGGGUCGAGGGAUUGAAUGCAGGUAAUGGAAGCGUUGGAUUGUUCGGAUUUCUAGCAUUUCAUUCUUAUUCGGCCUAAAUGUGGCCUGUCGCCUGUGUUGUGCUGGGACAGAUUUAGGGGAAAAUUCGUAUGCGUUCGGGUUUUCCCGCAGACAGCAGAGACACCAGUAGCGGCGUGCGGCAGACAUUGUAGUGUGUUGUUUAAAAACUUGUCGGAUGUUGCUUGUGGAAACUCUAUGUGUAGACUCGCGUUGAUCUAUUGACGAGGGGCGCACGAGACAGACCCCCCUUGUUGUCUGGAUUGUUGCAUAGGAUACACCCCCAGCUAGUUACAAACAGCCAACAUGGCUUGUUGUUUGUCCGACGAUCUCAAGGAGCAGAAGCGAAUCAAUCAAGAGAUCGAAAAACAGCUACGAAAGGAUAAAAGCAAUGCACGGAAGGAGCUCAAACUUCUUCUCUUGGGUACUGGAGAAUCUGGUAAAAGUACCUUCAUUAAACAGAUGAGGAUUAUCCAUGGUGCUGGCUAUUCAGAUGAGGAUAAACGCAGCCAUAUCAAAAUUGUAUACCAAAAUAUAUUCAUGGCCAUGCAUGCAAUGAUAAGAGCAAUGGAUACACUCAAUAUUCAGUAUAUAAAUCCAGCAAAUCGGGAAAAUGGCAACAUGAUUCGUCAAGUUGAUUAUGAGACAGUUACAACAUUUGACAAGCCUUGUGUGGAUGCUAUUAUUUCACUAUGGAAUGAUGAUGGCAUACAAGAAUGUUAUGACCGCAGGCGUGAAUAUCAGCUUACAGAUUCUGCAAAAUAUUACUUAGACAGUGUGGAAAGAAUCUCACAGCCUGAUUAUUUGCCCACAUUACAAGACAUUCUACGUGUAAGAGUACCUACAACUGGUAUUAUUGAAUACCCCUUUGAUCUGGAUAGUAUAAUAUUUAGAAUGGUGGAUGUAGGAGGUCAGAGGUCAGAACGCAGGAAGUGGAUCCAUUGUUUUGAAAAUGUAACGUCCAUCAUGUUUUUAGUCGCCUUAAGUGAAUAUGAUCAGGUCUUGGUUGAAUCGGAUAAUGAAAACCGUAUGGAGGAAUCCAAAGCCUUGUUUAGAACGAUUAUCACAUACCCGUGGUUCCAGAAUUCAUCUGUCAUUCUUUUUCUCAACAAGAAAGAUCUCUUGGAGGAGAAGAUUAUGCACUCGCAUCUUGUAGACUAUUUCCCUGAAUUUGAUGGUCCAAAGAAAGAAGCAAGCACAGCUAGGGAAUUCAUCUUAAAAAUGUUUGUAGAACUAAAUCCUGAUCCAGAUAAGAUCAUCUACUCUCAUUUCACCUGUGCCACAGAUACUGAAAAUAUAAGGUUCGUGUUUGCAGCAGUGAAGGAUACCAUUCUCCAACUGAAUUUGAAAGAAUACAACUUGGUUUGAGCGAGGGGACAGCUUUUUCCUCUCAGUAAACCCAUGCGCCCCUACACUCAUCAUCACCACCCACUGGCCUGUCAGAUGCCUACCCCCACCCCUCAACUGUUUUUCUUGUUGCACCACAUCCAAAGACACCCACCAUCUGAGAAGAGACCAAUAUCAUGGCAAAACUUUCAGGAUCCCAGGUCAAGGUUGAAUUCACAAGUUCAAAGUUCAUGUAUUUAUGUUUUGGUGUUUGCACAAACAGGUUAUUUCUGUGGACCUACCAUCCUGUCCUCAAGCAACUGCUAUCCAGAAUAUAAAGGCAACACUGUGUAAAACUUCUUUCUUUUGCACAUAUAAUGUAAAGCUGUGCACCCAGUCUUGAAGAAAUCAAAUUAGAUACAUUUUGUUAAGAAAAACAUCUUCUGAAACGGUCUUAAUGCUUAGGAAUGAUAGCUGAUGAAGCCAUGUGUUUGAAUCAUCACUGAAAUGUUCUCUUGGACAUGUUAAUUCUACUUCUGUUUCUGGGCUUUCUUCAGGUGGAGAUUGUGUUCUAAUGGAUUGCCAUUUGAGAGGAGGGAUUUAAAAAAAAAAACAACAAAUUAAAUCUAUGUAAAUUUUCACCAUGUUUAAUUUCAGUACUAUAAGUGUAUGUAUGUAUGUAUAUAUAUACAUGUGUGUACGUUUGUGUAUAUAUGUAUAUGCAUAUGUAUAUGGCUGUGUAUAUAUGUGUGUAUGUAUAUAUGUAUAUAUACAUGUACAUGUAUAUGGCACAUGCUCAUAUAUAUAAUAUGUAUGUAUAUCCAUACAGACAUGCAUUAGUAAAAACAUUUUUAUUAAGGUUUGAUAUGCAUGGAACAAAAUAUGACAAAUCAUCCAUAUGAUACCGACCUAGUGGUUACUUUGUUUAUUUUAAUGUCUUUUCAGUUGGAUCAUUUUUAUUACUACAGCUCUUUAUAAAACAGUAGUAGUUUUCAAUGAAUGAUUGUUUGUAAGGUUUUUCAACCAACCACCUUGCUGGGUAACUGAUUGGAAAAAGAUAAAUAAUUAUUGUGAAGAAAGUGAUUUGUUUGAUGUUUUAAUAAAUAUAUAUAUAUCUUAUUGUGUGUGUAUGUAUAUAAAUGUACAUAUAUAUGUGUAUGUAUAUAAAUAUAUAUAUAUGUAUACAUAUGUAUGUAUAUGUGUGCAUGUAUAUAUAUAUAUUUAAAUAUAUAUAUAAUAAUGAGUGUGUGGUUGGCUAGGUCAAUAUAUGAUACACUUUCAGAUUAUGUUCUCUGUUUGAACUCAUGUAUACUCAUCUGAGGCUUGUGGAGAGUUUAUUGAAAAUUGUGGGUGUUGUUUUGAUUGCCCGAUUCGGGCUUGUUGUAUUUAUACUAAAAUUUAUACAUACAUAAAUUUAUAUAUGUGUGAAUAUAUGUGUAUGUAUACCUCUAUAUGCACACACAUAACAUUUACCCUAAAAUGAUUUCCUCUCAGCAAGCUCUUAGAUUUUGCAAACCAAAAUUGUUUGGCUUUUGGUGUCAGUCAUUUUGUGCAUGAUAAAACAUUUGCAUCAGUUCUACAUUUCUACACUGCAAACUCUACAAGGUUUUAAUUAAUAGAAUAUUUAUGGCGUGUUUCUUCUCUAAAAUUGCUCAAAAUUUUUUUUUCUGUUUUUAGCACAACCAAAUUUUUCAUACAACAGUAUUGCAGAGAUGCUGAAUAGUACCAAUUGUGACAGAUUUUUUAAAUAAUUUUCAGAACAUAAGCUAUAACUGACAUUUUUUUCUUCCACUUGCAUUUGAAUUAAAAUGAACUAAUUUACUCAGAUCACACAAAAUUUUCUAGAAUAAAAAAUGUAUACUAAAAAAUGUAUCUGUGUAUUGGACUAGUUUGGGACUACAUUGUAUGCUUAUCAAAUGGGUUUUAAAAAUUAGCCAUUUAACUACCAUGUAUGCUUAUAAAAUGGGUUUUAAAAAUUAGCAGUUUUACAAUAAUUUUUUUAUUUUUGUCAAUAAAAAGAUAACAGUAUACAAAUUUUAUUUAGCAGUAUUAGUGCCAAUUUACAUAUUAAAUGUUGAUAACUAUUUGUAAGAAUGAUAAAUUUGUUACCAAUUUCAAAAACCGGUCGUAGCAAUUUAUAAUAUACGAUAAAAUGGAUUCUAAUCAGGAUCAGCAUAAUAGGUUUUUUUAAAGAAUGAAUCAAACAGCCUAAUGGAAUUGUUUCUACAUCUUCCUGUUGUCUGGGUUAGAGGAUUGUUCAAAUUUGUGGGAUCAAAUUUCACUGCAUUAUUGUAUAACUAGUGUGCUGCAGCACUGCGUGUGUGUGUAAGUCUACUGCACGUGAUAGCUUUGUUUGAAGCCAAUGCUUGGUUGUUGCCACCACUCUGUCAGACACAUAUGGAUUAGAAACUAACCAGUUACAAACAUGUCUCAGCAUGCCCACCUUUCCUUACAUGUUUUAUUGACAUUCAAUUUAUUUAUAAAUUUAUCCUAUAUUUUUUCUUUAGCUCAAUGCAUGUUAUAAAAUCUAAAAUUAAAACGCACAUUGUAUUUAUAUAUUAUAAACAGAUAGCUACUAAUAAAACUAGUUUGUUACAAAAUUUUUAUGUAAGAAUUCUAUAUAAUUUUAACCUUUUCAUCUAAGAGAACUAUAUCAUAAAACUUGAAACUGUACAUUCAUGUUUAAAACUAUUGUGGCAAUUUUAAAUUAUAAAAUUACUAAAAAUUUACCAUUACAAAUUUGUAUUCUUUAAUUUUAACUAUUUCCUUCUGAAAUUUUUUUUAGAAGAAAUAAACCUGUAAUUACAAUGAAAUGUGUGUCUGGCAGAGGCUAAUUUAUUUACACUAUAAGUUAUUUGUUUCAUUGAUUUCUUAAUGACAGUUAAUAUUUAUUGGUUUGUUUUACAUUUUUUUUAUGUAUACAGUGUUACUAAGAAAUUUAUUAUGUGCAAUUCCCAUACUUUAUAAUUUUCUUAUCACAAAUUGCCCCCUUUUCUCCCAGUCAUUCUUAUUAUAAUGAAAUUAAGUAGUGUAAAUUUUUAAAUUGUCCACUUUGUUUCAAGGGGGAGGAGGGAGGGUAGGGGGAUUCAUCAUGAGGUUUUCCCUACCAAUAUGUAUAAUUCAUGUUAUGUAUUAUGACAACAAACCUGUUCAAUGUUUUUAUCAAUAUCUUCAUUGCUUUUUUCCCCCUCUAUCUGAAAACAUUUCAAGCUCUUGGUCAUUUGUGUAACCAAACAUGUUUGCCUGUUUAAAAAAAAAAUUAAAUUGUAUUUAUAAUUAAUUAGCAGAAAUAUUUGUUUUUGCUGGGGUAAUUACCCAGCUUUAGAUUAACUGUUUAACCUUGGCUUUAUCACAUGAAGAGAAUUAUUUUUCUGCUCUUGUUUGGACUCAAACCAUCAGUGUUUGAAAUACAUACUGGAUUGAGGUUGAUAAAACUCAUUGCAUCAAAAUGUUUCUCACAGAUAAUUAUAAUAGCUCUGUAACAUUUACCCUUUUUAUAACACUAUUUUUUCAUGUGCAAUUUUAAUCAAUUAAAAAACAAAAAAUGAUUGUUGUUUAUUUUUUUUUUUUGUUUUUUUUUCCCUUCUGAACUAUAAUGAAAAAAGUGAAAAUGAUUUUCAGUUGUGUGAGUUACUUUUAAUAUGUGACAAAAACUUAGAGCAGAAGUGUGAAUGAUAGUGGAAUGCUCAUGAAUUAUGACUUGUUAAAAGUAUGUAGAAUUAAAAAAAAACAUUUUAUG